CAAUAGAAUGGGAUUGGAUUACAUAUUGAUGGACUUUCCCUUGGAUCUUAAAAACGCGCUUAUUAGUUAAGUCGGAAAGCAACAUUUAGUAAAAACGAAGUUUUUGCAAUUAUUUCAGCAUUUGCUCUCGUCUCUUGAAUGCGCUAGCGGAUGGUGCAAACCCUCUUUGAUCUCCCGACUGGUGACAGCGCUUCCUGAGAAGGAACCAGCCUCGUUUGUUUUCCUCCUCCCUAUUCAGCACAGUCAGGAGGAAUGGUAGCCAGUUAGCUUCUCAGACAGCAGCUGUUGGAUUAACUUGUUACCGCUGUUUGGCAUUCGGUUGUUCUGUCACAAUAAUGAAUUUACUGCCUUCAAAUCCGCACGGGAAUGGACUCCUCUAUGCUGGAUUUAACCAGGAUCAUGGUAUGAAGCGUCGUGGUGGGGGGUUUGUCCUCCCAAACGUGAUUUGGGAGCAUCGUUGAUGCUAAUCUAUCACUACUAAGCCAGCGUCUUCAAAUAUAAAACCUAAAAUAACAACUGCAGUUUUUCACGUUCACAUAUUGUAGUCCCUUGUAAAAAUAUGGCUACGUGCUCUCUCUUCUUGAAACAUUAACUUUAAGCGCUCAACGUUAAUACUAGCUUAGGCUAACCUAUCCAAAAAAUAGUUAGCGUUUUUGUUUUCAGCUAACCAGUUAUCGAGUCUUAAUUAGAAACUAGAAAAAUUGGUACAGACAUGAUAAAAAAUGGUCGAAUUUUAUAACGAGGAAAUUAUCUAACUGAUUUGUAUUUAAACUUAGCACAAAUGCUAAUAUAAGCUAAGUUUUUAUCGCACUAGUCAUUACUGUGACCACAACGGGUGUCAGCAAGUGUUAGCUAAGCAAUGCUAACAGCUCCCUUCGGUAAAUGAACGGAUGCUUUGCCUGCGGUAUGGAGAAUGGAUUUCGUGUGUACAACACGGAUCCUCUCAAAGAGAAGGAGAAACAAGAAUUCCUCGAGGGUGGGGUUGGCCACGUGGAGAUGCUGUUCAGGUGUAACUAUUUAGCACUAGUGGGAGGAGGCAAGAAACCCAAGUACCCAACUAACAAAGUGAUGAUCUGGGAUGACCUGAAGAAGAAGACUGUCAUUGAGAUUGAGUUCUCAACAGAAGUAAAAGCAGUGAAACUUCGACGUGACAGGAUUGUGGUGGUCCUUGACUCAAUGAUCAAAGUGUUCACCUUUACCCACAACCCACAUCAGCUACAUGUGUUUGAGACCUGCUACAAUCCCAAAGGUCUGUGUGUGCUGUGUCCGAACAGCAACAACUCUCUGUUGGCCUUUCCUGGGACGCAUUCAGGCCACGUACAGAUUGUGGACCUUGCCAACACAGAGAAGCCUCCAGUUGACAUCCCUGCCCAUGAGGGGGCACUGUGCUGCAUAGCGCUCAACCUUCAGGGCACAAGAAUAGCUACUGCAUCAGAGAAAGGGACACUCAUUAGAAUUUUUGACACAUCUGCAGGUCAGCUCAUACAGGAGCUAAGACGAGGCUCACAGGCAGCUAACAUUUACUGCAUUAAUUUUAAUCAGGACGCGUCCCUCAUCUGUGUGUCCAGUGACCAUGGCACAGUGCACAUAUUUGCUGCAGAGGACCCAAAAAGGAACAAACAGUCAAGCUUGGCCUCAGCCAGCUUCCUGCCUAAAUAUUUCAGCUCUAAGUGGAGCUUCUCCAAGUUCCAGGUCCCCUCAGGCUCUCCCUGUGUGUGUGCCUUUGGAACAGAGCCCAAUGCCGUCAUAGCUAUUUGUGCUGAUGGCAGCUACUACAAGUUUCUGUUCAACCAAAAAGGAGAGUGUUCCAGAGAUGUGUAUGCCCAGUUCCUGGAGAUGACCGAUGAGAAAAUAUGACCUUUGACCUCUCUUCAGACUUCCUAUUAAACAACCUGUUUUGUUUUUCUUUACAGUCUUUUUAUUUUCAAGGCAGUUAGAGAAGAUUUUUGUUUCACUUCUCGCUAUCUUGACAGACUCUGUAAAAAGAGCAUUAAAUGAAGGGAGAACAAGGAAAAAGAAAAAAGGAAUUUUUUGGGGUGGGAGGGGGCCUCUAUGGAAAGGUGGUUGGCUGGAGGUAUGAACAGUGAAUCAGAUUUCAUCGACCUGCACUGAGGGACACGGACGAUUUCCUCCUAAACAAAACACAAGGGGAAUAUAAAAGACAAAGUUAUUUUUUGAAAGGACAACUUGCCGCUUUUUAAGACGUCUUCCGAGGAAUUUACAAAGGAUGGAUAUUUUUAAUCACACAGAUGAUUCUGAUAGUUAGAAUGAGAAUUUAGAGAUUUUUGUCAACUAACACCACCUGACCUAACAAUAGGGAGUGCCUCUGAAACUGGAGAGAAUCUGUAUGUGUGCACAUAUUGUUGUCUCAUAUAUAUCAAGUAUUUGUGUAUACUAGUGUACCAUACUAAGCGUUUAAAAGCAGGAUCAGAAUGAAGAUGACUGUUUUUCUUCACUUUGGUCUUAAUUAUCUGCAGAAACAUCUACAGCCCCAAACAGAAUGCCACCUUAGUAUUACUAAAUUUUCUUGUAGACAUUGUAUAUACACAACCUGCCAGACAGAACUUCUACUCACAAACUGUACAGAAUAGUAGCAAAAGAAAUCACACAUCCUUGACAUUGUGCAAUACAUAAUUUCCUUAAUUAUUAUUUUUUUGUUUUGUUUUGCAGAUUUUUUUUAUAUUUGCCUGAUCAACACAGCUUAAAGAAUUUGGCAUAUUUGUAAAUAGUUAUCUACCUUCUUGUUGAGUGAAGAGUGAUACAUGUCUGUAUGGUAAAUGUGAAGCUACAGAACACAGCUGGUUAGCUUUAGCUUAGCAUAAGGUCUGGAUGAAGGCGUCUAAGUCUGUCAAUCAGUGCUUUUCAGUUUGUUUAAACAAAAGGGUAAAAAUAACACAUUUUGUCACUGUUACUUACACCACUUUGGUUAGUAGUAGUAGUUUUGUUGCCAUAGGAACAUAUUGACAUGUCAGCUUUGUUGACUGAUUGUAGCAAACGACAUGACAUUGUUUACUGGCACUAAUUGUUCACAAAUGGAAAGAAGGAAAAUUAUUGGUUGUUAUUAAAAUAAGAGUUUCCCGGGCACUAAAGGUAAAAACAAAAGUUCCAGCAAAAUUGAUACUUUCUCAGUUGGUUUGGCCCACAUUUUGCACUUUGACAAUAAAUACAUUUAGUUCUUGUUACAAACUCAAAAAGAGGAUGACAGAAGACUAGUUGACUGUAAUUUCUCUAUAUAGAAACUAGCAGAGUUUUUCCUGUUUAAACUUAUGCUAAUUUAAGGUAACUGGCUUCUAGUCUUAGCAUCCCAUUUACCCGAUAGAUAAUGAAGCCUUGGCAUACAAGUGACUCAGCAUUAUCUCCACAUUUUUGAUUAUUUAUUUAUUUAUUUAAUUUGUUCAGUUUGUGAAAGCAAAGUCCUUUUUCUUUUCUUUUUUUUCAAAGUGGGAGUUCAGUGAAAAGAGUAAUACUCUUAAGUCUGUACGGUGAAUCAAAAGCUUUGGCUGGUAGCAGUUUAGCUAAGUAAAGCAGAAAGAGUGGAAAUAAUUAGCACAGCUUUGUUGAAAAGUAAAACAAGUCACUAACCAGCCCUUCUAAUAAACACCUUCUAGUUCAGUAAUUGAGGUCAUGAAACAACUUUAAGUGUUCAAAUAGAAAAUUUAUUUUUGCAUGUGUAUAAUAUAAAAAAGAAAAA